UUUUGUAUUUAGCCUGGAAAGGCUGAUGUGUGUUUGAGUAGAGUAGUCACCUGCUGGUGGGCUGUAACAGCUGUCUUCUCUGACGACAUUUGCUGUGUAUUGUUAAAGCUAUUUAAGCUGCAGUAAAGACACAUUGCAGAGACUGCCCUGGUCGGAGCUUUAGCAGCCUUUCAGCUCACAGGAAGAAUCAACUUGGUAGGUGACAUUUCUUCCACACUAGGCUCCUGUCUGGGGGAGGAAGAUUUACACAUUGAGGAUGGAAUCUGUCAAAUAUUUGCUGCUGAUUGCUCUGUGGAUGCAAGCCUCAGGCAUUCCCCUAUCCACUCGACUUUCUGAAGAAGAGGAGAAGGUCUCGAAAUGUAUUAUGGAGAUUUUGACAAAUGCUAUUUCCACACCCAGAGCUGAACAUGUGAGCAGCAGCUGCCUCCGAAUUCUGAAGGAAGAUGAGAGAGUGUUAUCUAUGAUGCACCAGCAGCACUUGUUGCGAGAGCUUGAGGAAAUGACCCACAGAGCAGAAAGGUCUAAGCACUUAGAAGAGGAAAUUAUGGACAGCAGUGAGGAAGAUGAGAGGAAAAAGAGAGUUAAAGAGACCCCUCCCAAGAGGGAGAAGGAGCAAAAAAGAGAAUCAGACAGUGACAUUUCUAGAGAGCAUGAGGAAACCAAGGAAUUUGAGAAGGUGGAGGUAAAAGAGGAAGAGCGUGGAACAUUUCAUGAGGAGAAUGCCAAAAGGUUAUUAGAGGAAGAGGAUGAAAGGAAGAGAAGUCCACCUGGAAAGAGGGGUGGUGAGCAGAAGAAAUCUGCAAAGGAUGUGCGAGGGGAUGGAGCCUCAAAGAGAAAAGACAAGAAACACUUCAGUGAGGAAGAUGAUAGUUCAGAAGAGGAUGGGGGAGAUAGGAGACACCAUGGUAACAACCAUGGAUGGUACCACGAGAAUCACCAUUCAUGGGAGAAUGAAAAGAGAGGGUCUGAGAAGAGGAUGGCUGAAGAUCCAAGUGAAGAGGAGACAUCUCAGUUUGAAUCAGAAGAAAAAGGUGUGAAAUAUUUCAACUCAAAGACUCAUAUGCAGGGGUUUCAUGGGGAUGGCAAGGGGCACAUGUCUAUCAAAGAAGAGGGGGGAAGAGAGAGAAGUUUCCACCAUCCAGAAGAACUAAGUAUAGGUAGGCAUCACCAUCCUGGUGGGAUUGGCAACCAUGAAAAUCAAGAAGAGGAGGAAGAGGAGGAGGAGAGAGAGUUGGAGGAAAUAGAGGAAGAAGAAGAACACAAAGCUGAGGAACAUCAUCUUCAUCAGGUGGAGGAAGAGCUGAGGAGAGCGGCUGAGAAACUGCAAGAGCUGCAUCGGGGUUGAAUCAAACAUAUGUAGAGCUUUUCUGACAAUAACUAGCAUGCACACUUUGUACAAUUAUCUGGUUAUAGCUUUUUUUUUACUGGUACAGUAGUCUCUGCCAUUUCAUGUCCACAUAGUGGGUGUGGUACACCUCCAUAUGGUGCAAACGUUAAUGGUUCUGUUGUGAUACCAGUGCUAUAAAGGAGGAAGAACUCCAUUUUCCAUAGAUCUAGAAUACAGUGUAAUCUCUCAUUUUUUACUGUUCCAGUUAUUCAUAUUAUAGUGUAUGUAUUUUGUAUGCAAAUUACACAAUACAUUAUUUCUUGUGUUCUUCUUGCUGAUUAUCUGCCAUAAAGUUGCCACAGUCACAUGUAGUACAGUUUACGGAGGAUACUAAAUCAUGGCAGAAUAUUGUCAUUAUUUUCCUCUUUACAUAUCCUCCUAAGGAAGUCACACAUGAUGAUGGCUGGGUACAUCAAUAGGAGUAAAUAUCAGUUUUGUUUUAUUCAUUGUUCUCUUUGCUUCUGUUUGUGCUUUUAGAUGGUAGGAUUAUCAAAUUAAACAUUACAGUUUGUAUUUAUUGGA